CUCUCCUACUCCCUCCUCCACUCACCUCAGGAGGAGAAGGACAAAGGAGGGGAAGAGUUCGUGGGACAGGGUCAGGCCAGCAGAAUGGGACCUCCCUGGAGCCAGGAGGGUUCUCCAGGUGAGGGACGUGCUAUUGGACGGAGCAGACGGUGGACAAGAGCCAGGCGAGGGCUUAUAGGUGUCCUGCUCUGUGGCCUGCUCCUCGGUUCCUCUGUGCUUUGGGUGUACAUCUUCCGGAACUGUGGUCCUCGCCCUUGUGAGACACCUGUGUGUUUGAAACUUCUGGACCAUUACCUGGCCUCUGGAAACAGAAAUGCAGACCCCUGCACUGACUUUUUCAGCUUUGUCUGCGAGAAAGCCAAUGGGACCAGUAACUCUUUUAAGGUUCUCACAGAAGAGAACAAGAACAAACUGUGGAGGCUGUUGGAGACCCCAGGAUCAUGGCGCCUAAGAUCUGGAGAGGAGAAAGCCUUCCAGUUUUAUAACUCCUGCAUGGAUACAGAUGCCAUUGAAUCUGCCGGGGCAGGUCCCCUCCAACAAGUUAUUGAGGAGCUUGGAGGUUGGCACAUUUCUGGCAACUGGACUUCCUUGGACUUUAACCGAACCCUGCGGCUUCUGAUGAGCCAGUAUGGUCACUUCCCGUUCUUCAGAGCCCAUCUGGGAUCUCACCCGGCUCCUCCACACACCCUGGUCAUCCAGAUAGACCAGCCGGAGUUUGACAUUCUUCUCCAGAAAGAGCAAGAACAGAAAAUCUAUGCCCAGAUCCUGCGGGAACAGCUGACUUACCUGAAUCGCCUGGGGACUUUACUAGGAGGUGACCCACAGAAAGUACAACAGCACGCCUCCUGGUUCAUCUCCUUUACCUCACGACUGUUCCAGUUUCUGAGGCCACUCGAGCAGCAGCAGGCACAAGACAAGCUCUUCCAUGUGGUUACCAUUAGGGAACUGCAGGAAAUGGCACCUGCCAUCGACUGGCUGUCCUGUCUACAAGCAACGUUCACACCGAUGUCCUUGAGUCCCAACCAGACCCUCGUGGUCCAUGACCUAGACUACCUGAGAAACAUGUCUCAGCUGGUAGAAGAAGAGCUGCUGACAAGCAGGGACAUGAUACAGAGUUACAUGAUCUUGGGGCUGGUAGAUACCCUUUCCCCAGCCCUGGACAGUAAAUUCAGGGAGGCACGCAGAGAACUGAGACAGAAACUACUGGAACUGAAAGAACGACCACCCCUGCCAGCCUACCCACGAUGGAUGAAGUGUGUGGAAGAGACAGGAACCUUCUUUGAACCUACCCUGGCGGCUUUGUUUGUUCAGGAAGCCUUUGGUCCCAGCAUCCAAAGUGCUGCCAUGGAAUUAUUUGCUGAGAUCAAGGAUGCUGUCAUCAUACACCUCAAAAAACUUUCCUGGAUAAGUGAGGAGACCCUGGAAGAGUCCCUGAACAAGGCAAGGCUAGGAUCACAGGCCAGUAUGGGACUAUUUAAGAGACAGUUCAUCCCUGGAUCAAGAAAUGGGGAUGGAGGAGAAGAGGGCACAGAGUACUUAUGCGGUGACAGUCUUAAUGGCUCUUGGGGGUUUCUGAGGGAAUGCUUGUCACUUACAAACUUUUGUGUCUUUUUUCAGCUCACCCAGCUGCAGGUGGAGAUGGGGGCCCCAAAAAGGGACUUGAAGCCAGAGCUGGCCAAAGAGGAAUAUAGUGAUAUACAACUUGGUCCCAGUUUCCUUCAGUCUUUCCUGAGCUGCGUACGAUCCCUCCAGGGCAGGAAGGUUCGGCACUUCUUGCAGCCCUUUCCCUACCACAGAUGGACGGGAUCUCCCUGGGGAGUCAAUGCCUACUAUUCAGUACCUGACCAUGUGGUGGUCUUCCCAGCUGGCCUUCUUCAGCCUCCAUUCUUCCACCCUGGCUACCCCAGAGCCGUGAACUUUGGGGCUGCUGGUAGCAUCAUGGCCCACGAGUUGCUGCGUAUCUUCUAUCAGCUCUUACUCCCUGGGGGCUGCCCAGCCUGUGACACCCACACCCUACAGGAAGCAAUUCUAUGCCUGGAGCGCCAUUAUGCUGCCUUCCCCUUACCCAACAUGGCCCCCUUCAAUGGUUCUCACACACUCCUGGAAAAUGCUGGAGAUACAGGAGGGCUGGCUAUUGCAUUCCAGGCAUACAGCAAGAGGAUAGCAGAGCAAAGUGGGGAGAUGACCCUGGCCAACCUGGACCUCAGCCCCUACCAGCUCUUCUUCCGGAGCUACGCCCAGGUGAUGUGUAGGGAGUUGAGCUCACAAGACCCUCAGGACACUUACAGCCUUCCCAUCCUUCGAGUCCAUGGGCCCCUCAGCAAUUUCCCAGACUUUGCUAAACAUUUCCAUUGUCCGCGUGGUACCCUUCUGAACCCUUCCGCCCGCUGCAAACUCUGGUAACUUGGCUACCAAAGAGACUGAGAUGCAGAUGCCUGGAUACUUGGCCCCAUCCUCGAAGUCAGAACUAACGUCUUCCUUCUUUUCGUUCCAAAAUUAAAGGCGUGUAUGUAGCUUUUU